GUUAUGUUGAGUGCUGUGGGUGCUGUGAAUUGAUUUUAUUUCUCCCGCGACGCUUUCGCAACCAACAGAAAAACGGUUAAGUUGUCCGUACAUAGAGAAUAAUUAUAAACAUACGUAGGCAGUGAUUUCUUGAGUAAAACCAGUGAAAAUACAGUGUCAUUUGUCAAUUGAAAGCAAAACUUUAAUUUUUAGAAUCCAUUAUUGUUUUAUGUAGUUAAUUGAAGCAGAAGUAAAACAUGGAGUCAAAAAUACCGAAACCGUCUUUUUUAAAAAAACCUACUGGAAUGGCAAGUUUGCCUGGAAACGCCAGAUUACCUUUAACAGAUAUGCUGAAUGUACCGAUGGAGUUGGACUUUCACGGCAAACGGGUGGCCUCGCCAGAACUGGUAAAUGCUGCUAUGCUGAAUCGAACAAAAUUGCGUCGAAGUCGAUCAGCAACCGAUCUUAGCAGGCCAAACUUCCACAGACCAAAAUUCGUACCUAAUUUGGAGACUAUUUUGUCGGAGAAACCAAAUACCUUCAAUGCUGCAACCGUGUCGCAAAUGGUAAAACAAAACUUGGUCAAGCAGGUUCAGAAAUCUUCCGAUUUGAGAAGAAGUCUGUCAACAGGCGAUUUAUCAACGAAAACGAAUCCUAACACCUGCGCCAACGGCUCACAAUACAAUCAGUUUAAGCGUCAGUUGUCGACUGUCGCUAGUACGAUUCCUGCAAAAGUUGUUAAGGCGGCCGGUGCUACCUCCGCAACUGCAAAGGUGUUUGGAACAAAGCCAUCAGCCGUUGUUGCAAGAAAGCCGCCAAUGACGAAUAAGCCAAAGGUUGGUCCAAUUAAAUCUACUUCGGUAAAUUCUAGUGUGUCAAGUGUAAAAUCAAACUCAUCGACGUCCAGUGGUGGGGUUGGAAAAAAGAACAUAAGUAAACGGAUUCCACCGUACGAUUACAAAGCUCGAUUCAAUGAUUUGUUAGAAAAGCAUCAAGCACUCAAAGCAAAAUUGGAAUCACUACUACAGGCGAAUAGCGAACUAGAAUCUCUGCCGCAAAAAUAUGAUGAUUGUUUGACGGAAUUAGGGAAACUACGGCAGCAACAUGAACAGCUAUUGGACAGUAACCGUGCAGUUGUACUGGAGAAUGAGAAUCUCAAAUUAAAAAAUACAGCUCUUUCGUCUUCUUUAAGCGAAACUGAAUUGAAAUUAUGUUCUAUUAAAAAACAAUAUACAGAAGCAGACGACGAACGACAAAAGCUUCGCGAAAUGGUAAAAGUAUUACAGGAGAAAACAUCCGCUUUGGAAGAACGAAACGAGUUUUUACAACAGGAUAACGAGAAAAAAUCAGAAUUACUGUUCAAAGCAAAUAUAGAGCGAAAAGAUUUACAUAACGCGGUAAUGGAUCUGCGAGGCAAUAUUCGAGUCUUUUGUAGAGUGCGACCACCGCUAUCUUCAGAAUUGGACAGAUUGGAAUGCACCUGGAAGUACCUGGACGAACAAUCUCUUGAGAUUCUUACAACUGACGGAAGUAAACGCAUGGAGUUUAGCUUCGAUCAUGUAUUCCACUCGAAAACAACACAGGAAGAUAUUUUCGACAAUGUUGCUCCGUUGAUACAGUCUGCGUUGGAUGGAUAUAAUGUAUGUAUUUUUGCUUACGGCCAGACAGGAAGUGGUAAAACGUAUACGAUGGACGGGGUAUCGGAAAGCAUUGGAGUUAUUCCUCGUACCGUUGAUUUGAUUUUCAACUCAAUUGAAGACUAUAAACGAUUAGGUUGGGAAUAUGAGAUACGCGUAAAUUUCCUCGAAAUAUACAAUGAAAUAUUAUAUGAUCUCUUGGAUUCAUCUGGCACAACGAAAGAUUUGGAAAUCCGCAUGGCAAAUGCAAAAAACAAAACUGAAGUGUAUGUUUCGAACGUCAUUGAGGAAACAGUUAGAACGAAAACCCAGUUGCGUCAACUAAUGGCUGUUGCUAAGUCCAACAGAGCAACGGCAGCCACAGUUGGUAACGAGCGCUCUUCUCGAUCACAUGCUGUUACCAAAUUGCAGCUGAUUGGAACACAUAAUGAGAAAAGCGAACUGAGUAUGGGAUCUAUCAAUCUAGUUGAUCUGGCAGGUUCGGAAAGUCCAAAAACAAGCACCCGCAUGGACGAAACUAAGAAUAUCAACAGAUCGUUGAGUGAAUUGAGCAAUGUUAUUUUAGCCUUGGUGCAGAAAAACGAACACAUUCCCUAUCGAAACUCGAAGCUUACGCACCUGCUGAUGCCUAGCUUGGGUGGAAAUUCUAAAACACUUAUGUUUGUGAAUGUGUCCCCGUUUCAGGAUUGCUUCAGUGAAACCGUUAAAUCGCUGCGGUUUGCUUCACAGGUAAACGCAUGUAAACUUCAAAAAGUACGCAAGAACAAAAUUCUCAACAAUUCUAGCAUAUUUUAAGAUUGUUUUCUUGUGGGGUACUAAUCAGUUUUAUAAAAACAUGUUUCAGUUUUUAAGUAAAAUUUAUGUAUUUAAACUUUGAUUCCAUUUGACUUUCUCUUAACCAAAACCAAAAUUUAAGACUAUGUUUAAUAAAUAUAUAUAUAUAUUCGUUUUUCUAACAAAAGCAAAAUUGCUAUCAAGUUGUUUUCUUAACAAGCUCGAGAGGUUGAUUCAGAAGAACUUGACAUUUUUCCAUAGUUUGAUCGAAAAUCUGUAACACUAGAUUGAGUACAAAUAUCAGUAAAUUCAAUACUAAGUUAGUGUAAUAUAAUAUUAACCACCACUUGGUUUUCCGGGCCGUAAUUUUUUUGCUUCCUUCUAAAAUUGCGCGUAUUGGGAGAAGGACAAUCUGCGGAGAAAAAAGAAAAAUAAGUUUGAUAACUAUUAACGCGAUAGUCAAACCCACCACUAAAACAGCGGAUAUUGAUGUCAGCGUUAUCAGUAAAUAAAACAUGUUUCCUAGUUCUGGUCCUAC